AUGAACAACCCCACCUCUCCCACCACCCUCACCACCCAACUCUCCACCCUCGCCGACACGCUCAAGCAAACCAACAGCCUCAUCACGCGCCUCGCCAAACUCUCCUUCCAACCCGGCAGCGAGCCCCUCGCCACCGACUCCAACAACAACAACCCCAACACCGUCCGCCUCGAGCUCGCCCAAGACAUCCACGACGCCCUCGCCCAGCUAGAAGAGGACCUCGAGCUCCUCUCCACCGAAGCCGACGACCUCAACACCCCCGCCCCCGUCUCCGCGCGUCGGCAGUCUACAGACCGGGAGAGGGAGAAAGCACGCCUAUCCGCCCAGGUCACCAGAUUAGGAGAAGACCUCCGUCGUUCACGCCAACAUUUCCGCAAAGCCCAAUUAACCGCCAAACGCGCCGCCGAGACCGCAAAGCAAACAGAGCGCCAACUCGUCUUCGCCUCGCUCAACCAACCCCCUCCCGAACCCACUUCCAACGGCAGUAGCAGCGGCAGAAACACCCCGGACCUCUUCUCCGCCCGCCGUCGCGGGCCCAAUCAGAACCAAAGCCAGAAACAGUUAUCAAAACAGGACCUCGAACUCGACGCCUCCCAAACCGUCACCUCCGCGCUCCGCCGCACGCACGCACUGCUAACGACCGAGCUCUCCCGCUCGCGCUUCGCGCAAGAGACGUUCGACCAGUCCACACAAGCGCUAGCAGAUCUUGGCGAGAAGUACUCAGAUCUCGACUCCGUGUUGGCCGCGAGUAGGAAUCUCCUCGGCACGCUACUGCGGAGUCAGAAGAGCGAUACGUGGUACCUGGAGACAGCGUUUUACAUCCUACUCGCUACGCUUGGCUGGUUGGUCUUUAGACGACUGCUUUGGGGACCGUUUUUCCUGCUGCCGAGGUUCUUCUUCAACUGGUUUUUGUGGCCGCCGAUUUCGGUGCUCUUGAGCAUUACCGGCUUGUUGGGAGGUAGUGCUGCUGGGACGGCUGCUGUGAGCAGUGCCCGACAAGGUAUCAGCGGAACAACGAGACCACCGUUGAUCGUCCAGCCGUCCGCUAAACGUGGCAGUCAGCCGAAGUUCCCCGAGGGAAUGUCAGGUGCGCACGUCCCUGCUGGGAGCGGCGGGCAGGGAGCGAAGAGGGGGAAGGAGGGGUUGGAAGGCAGAAUGAGUGAGAAUAUCGGACAGAUGGCGGAGGAGAGUAGGGGGAAAGCUGAAGGUAGGGUGGGUGAAGAGGAUGAUGGGAAGGUUAGAAGAGCGGAUGGAACGGUGUUGAAGGAGCGUGAGGAGCCGGCGAAUCCGAAGAAGAAGAUGUUUGAGGCUGAUGUUGAGGAUGCGAGGGAGGCGGAGCGGAGGAGGCAGGACGAGAAUGCGGGUGGUAGUAGGAGGAAGAGGGAUGAGCUGUGA